AUGUUCUUGAAAGUGUCCAAAGGACUGUUGGAUAUGGCCCAGAGCCGUAAAAUUGUUUUGGCAACAAUCACCGUUCUCUAUUCAGUAAAUGUUGUAAUUUUAUGCCUCCAGUGGUAUUUCAUCAGUUGGUCUUACGCUACCCAUGGAGACACAAAGGAUUCUAUCUUCUGGGCGUAUCUUGAACCUCCUAUUUGGUUUAUUGAAGCGCUGAACACGAGCCAAAACGUGGUACUUGUAAUUGAAGAUGGACUUCUGAUUUGGAGGUGCUAUCACGUAUGGGGUCAAUCGUUGAAGAUUGUAGCAAUGUUACUGUUAUUAUUAUUUACAGAGUCUGCUCUCGUUAUCACUGCUACCGUGCUUAAUUCAUUUACUCCAAUACUCGUCACCAAUCAAGCAGGGAAAGAUAUGAUCAACCAUGUUGAUGAAGCGUUCUCAUUCACGUGUCUUGCCACUACGUUCUUCACCACAUUUCUCAUAGGAUACAGGAUUUACACUGUCUCCAGGAAUACGAACCGAUCGAUUUCAAGAUACAAGCAUAUUUUUACUACCAUUCUUCAAUCGGCUGCGGUGCAUGUACUACUUCUGCUUGUUCAAGCGAUAUCUCCGUUCAGCCCUAUAUUCUACGACAUUCAAUCACGGUGGUCACAGGUAGAUGAGUAUAUUAAUAUGAUUGUAUACCUGGCCUCGGGACUUGCACCGACAGUAAUGGUGUUGCAUCUUGCCGUUGUAAACGAGACCGACACUGCAACGUUUGCAUCGAGCACUUUGAUGCAUCUCCCCGCUAUGGAAUUUGAUAAUUGUCUCGACCGAAGUACACACGCUGCCGACAUAGAGCGCAGAGUUUUAAUGUCUCGACCCGAGGAUCCCGUAAAUGCUCACAGAGCUAUCGAGCAGGAAAAAUAA